AUGAAAAAUGCUGUUCAUCUUCAAGAUGUAUUUUAUGGUGUUCAAAUCGCGUACUCGGCCGUAAUUGGAACAAAUUUGUUCAUCUUCGCUGCCAGUGUCAUAUUACUCCUUGGAAUCGUCAAAGAACGAGUAUCCCUAAUCGUACCUUGGAUUGUCGGUCUCAUAACUUUCAUGGCACUCGAAGCGGUUGCCAUUGUUUACUCAAACGUACUCAGAGACCAUGUAAAUAAGAAAUUCGACUCGUUCUGCAAAAUCGAAGUGACGUUUUACUUGAUACGGGCAGUACUAAAUGUGUUGAGUCUAUUAAGCGUGAUAAAAUUCUACAAUAUGGUGCGAUUGGGAGUAACGUGGAAAGGUCCAGAAACCAUUGAGCUGUGA